UAGGUCGACACGCUCGUUACCAUUUCAAUCAAACGACCUUAAAUCCAAGUUACUUCCAAGAAACAAGUCAACUCUGCACCUUCAUAUAAACCCAUCAUUAUCUCUUCUUUGCCUCAAAAUUAAAAGAAACCUCGCUCUUUGUCAUAAACUGGUUCAUUUUUUACAUCAGACCUUCUUCUUGCAAAACAAACGCAGGUCCAAAAAUGAGAAGCAAAAGCUGUAAAGCAAACAAGGAAAGCAAGCUACUGAAAAUCAUAUGUUCACCCAUCAGAAUUCUGAGCAAGGCAAGAGACUUCUACAUGAAGAGUAUAGAGGAUUGUGCUGGCAGGGUUGGUCAUGGUGGCGGGGUAGUUUGCUCUGCUCCCCCUUCAGCUUCACGCUUGCCUAAGAGUUUUUGUGUCAAUUCUUCCAAGGCAAAAGAUGACGAAGAGUUCACACAACUUUUACGUGCGGUAUCGAAGCGUGGCAUAGACAGUAAGGUGGUGCAGAAAAUGCAACAAUCACGCAUGAAAAAGACGAACAUGGGAUCAGCUGGUGGGAUCCUGGGAAUGAGAAGCUACAGUGUUGGGGUUGGAAAGAUAGGGAGAAUUGAUGAAGACAAGCCUUGUUCCUUUGAGGAAGAUGAAAUUGAUGCUAUGGCGGAUUUGCUGUAUCGACCAAGUAGAAGCUACGCCGUUGGGAGGAAAGUUACAGCAUACCGUUAGUGAAUUAAGGCCAUUGGCUCCUUUUCUUUAUUGUUUUUCUAUUGGAAACUUCUAUUUGUAAAUUACAAGUAGGUAUAUGUGAAACUUUGUUCUUUGCUCAAAGGAGCUUUGCUUAUAGGCAUUGACGGUGUAAACUAGUUCAUCUUUAUCAAAUACAAAUUUCUUUGCAGAUUCAAAACUUAUAUAUCCCUUUUGAAAUUUUGAUUCGAUAACUAUAGAUUGGCUUACAGAUCAGAUGGGAUGAGUGUGGGCUUGACAAAUAGGAUCUGGUUGAUUACUGUAAAGCCCAAAGUUUUGUCCACAAUGGGCUUACUCAGUAAAACA